CUGGUGGCAUUAGCUUCAGCAGACAGAGAUUCACACACUCAAAACAAGAGACAGCCAGAGAGAAAAGAGACGUCAGCAGAGUUGAAACAGAAGCACUCACACCGAGGAGUGAAGAGCAGAGGUUGACCCGAGCGGCUCAAGAGCAGUUGUCGCUUUAAGGCUGAUAAUCUUCAGUGUGCCUGGAUUUGGAGGUUCGAGAAGUAUUUGUUCGGCCUGACUUUGGACGGACUCUUGCUUUGUUUCUCCUGAGAGUCUGACAGACUUUUCUUCAAAUAGGACAAGGCACCAGAGAGAGCAAGGCCAGUUUGAGACUGCCUCUAAGCAGUUAGCUACCUACCAGCUCUUUUCACACCUGGUGUUACAUUUGAUUUAAAGCAGAUUUAUUUUCGUUCCCUUCCGGGCUUCUUUUCUGCCAAUGGCUGCUGUGCGUCAGAUGGUUAUGGAGGCUUCUGGCUUCCACGUCCUGCCAGCUCACCUUAUGGCCUCAGCCAUGGAGGAGUUCCCCCAGCAGCUGCCUGUCCCCAAGGGCCCAGCAAGGGGCAAGAGUCGCUCCCGCAGACCUCGCGAGGCUCGCUUCAAAACACAGCCCGUCACCUUUGCUGAGAUUGCAGAGGUAGAAGAAGAAGGUUCCUCACCCCUGGAGGAGGAGAGGGCACGUCGCUCUUUCCUUCAGUCCCUGGAGAACCUGCGGCGGAGCACACAGACCCUCCACUGCCCACCGGCUGCCCAUCACAGCUGCACCCCCACACAGGCCAGCCUGGACUCCAGUGACUCCGACUCCACCCAGUGAGGGCUGGGACAUGCCCAUCUCCUUGCACCCAUGUUCCUCGCUUCGCCUUGACGCCGCUUCAAAUGGAGGCCAACUGAACUGAACCAAACUGGCCUGUUUGCCAGCCUGCCUGUGUGUGUGUGUAAGCUGCUGCUGUCAUACAGAAGACUACAUGUAAUAUAUACUAACAUAUCAGCAUACAGUAUAGAGUUUGAAGAUGCACUUGAUGCAUAUGUGUAAAGAUCUUUACCAGUGCCAAAGGCUGGUUAUACUGCUGUAUAGAUAUGAUGAGUGUAAAGGUAGCAGAUGACACAGUGUUGAACACACCACUCUUCAAAUGUAUUCCUUUUCUACUGUAGAUGACCUGAAGAGAAAAACUUGAAAGAUGGUUGAUAUUUUUCCAUUUUAAAGUUGUAUAGGUAUUUUUGUUUCAAUCCAGAUUUUUUCUACUUGACCAGUCACCAUAGGAAGGACUGUUAAAAAAUUUUUAGUUUUGUGACUUACCACACUGUAAAUAUUUUGACUAAGCAGUGUACUGAGCAUCGACAGUGACCUGGCCGUCACUGGAGCAGUAGAGCACCAUUACAAAGCUUUGUCAAGAGUUGUUUUCCAGCUUCACAAUGAACGAAAUCUCUGCUCUCGCUUUAAUUCCUGAGCAAAAAGAAAAAAAAAAGCCUUUCUAAAAGUUUAUUUAUUCUUUGAUUUUGUUCAUAACCAAGUGGAGUUGUAGACGUGAUAUUUUAUUGCUCUUUCUGACUUCUAAAGUUACCUUGACUUUCAAAGAAAAUCAUAACCUUUAUACUUUAUAUUUGUUUUACUUUAUAAAUAUAUGUUACAAUGUUUGUGAUAUGUACUUAAUAAAUAUUUUCUCAAGUA